CUUCUGUCAACACUCGUAGCGGGGAAGCGAAGCCGUCUCAACAAGCGUCAGUGCUUGCGCCGCUACUGAAGUCGGUUGUCAUGCUGUUCGAAAAUAAUACUUAACUUGAUGUAAUUCAACAGUUUAAGGUUGGCUUUGGAUAUUUCGUAGCAGAGACUUGCCCUGGAUUAUGACGCCUUCAACAAAGCUCGGCGAUUGAGUUGAUCCUUUACAAAAAGAGGAGUUUUGUUUUCUGACCAGCUAGAAUCUGACAGUUGUGUUGGUUGUUAGCGACUUGUUUUGUUUAUCUGCGGCUGACCACACUACACAACGAGGAUAAUUUCUUUAUCCUUUAUUUUAUCAUAUCUGUGUGUUUCAGUCAUGGCUCGCAGGAGUUCUCGCCUGGUGUCCGGUGGUUACUACAAUUCAGACGAGGAAUCUGAUUCAAGUAGUGUGACCAACAUCUCCUACAGAGAAAACCCUGUCAAGGUUUUCAAGAAGAAGUCAGGGGCCCGUAAGGCUGCCUCCCGCACCAACAGCAAUGCUAGUUCUGUCACUCCUGAGACUCCAGUCACUCCAGGUCUGACUCCAGUAACCAGCCCUUUGCGCAGUCCCAGUCAGCCCACCAUGAGGACUGCCCCUUACAUCCCCGCUGUGACGACCCCUCGGCCGGCUCUGACUCCAUCGUCUACCCAUUGUCACAUGUCCACGCCAUGCCACUCAAGAACCCCAGAGAGGAAGCCUCAUCCUGGCCCCGGCAGCUCCGGUCUGCUGGCUUUACACCACAGACCCAAAGACAAGGAGCCGAGUCAAAGCGGCGUGGACAGCUCAGGGUACUCGUCAUCUGAGGGCCCCUACAGGAAGCCUUUACCUGCCACCAGUACACCCAGAGCAUCCAGUAGCAGCAGUGGUGGAGCUCCCAGUCCAGGAUACAAAAGCAGGAUCAGUGAUGCCUUUUAUAAACUAAUGGAUUCAACCUCAGUGAUGGCUGCUGAUGUCCACAAAAAAGUGCUUGAUGUCACAUCUUCAGCUAAGGCCUCAGUCAGCGAUCGGAUGAAGAAGGCUUGUGGUCUGGCUCUCCUGCUUUUCAUCAUACUUCUGUGUAUUUGGUUGCUCCUUCCUUUGUUCACCUCUUUCAUCUCCCGCAUGACCGUCACAAAGUCCCCAUCACAAACACUACCCAAGAUUCAACCUGUUAUCCCCACCACCAGUGUUCCUCCUCAACCCAACAUCAUACCCACACCUGUGGUGGAGCCAGGAGUCAUUUCUGCUGCUGUAGAAGCAAAGAUGCAGCAUUUUCUGGUGGAGCUUCAGGUUAAACAGGAAAAUCUUCUCUCCCAGUUAAAGGAGCAACAUCAGCUGGACAUGGACUUUAUGAAAGCAAAGUUGGAGGCAGCAGACUCAGACAUUCGCCGUUACCUGGAGCAGGAGAUUUCAGGGCUCGGGAGACAGAUUGCAGGUUACCAGACAGAAAGCCACUCUGCUGCUGCUAGCUUCAGCCUAAAGAUCGAAACUCUGGAGAAGCAAAAUGCCAAGCUGUCCCAGGAGCUAUCAUCCAUCCAGCCGAUGCCAGCUCCAACCCCCUGUCCUGAGACCAGCGUGGCCCCCGUCCACAACCAACUUACACCAGAGCUCCAACAGGCCAUGGAGAGGUGGUUCACUGACCGCAUCAAGGAACAGGAUGCAAUUAGGCUUGGAGAUAAAGCAGACUGCACUGAGUGCAGACGUCCCAUGGCGGACAAAAUGGCAGACUUUGCUCUUGAGACUCAAGGUGCCAGCAUUGUCAGCACUCGGUGUUCAGAGACGUAUCGCAUUCGUUCAGCAUGCGUGACUCUUUUUGGUUUUCCUCUUUGGUAUCCAUCUGAAAGCCCGCGCACUGUUAUCCAGGGUUACCCGGUUCUGCUUCCAGGGAAAUGUUGGGCAUUCCACGGGGUCCAAGGCACCCUUGUCAUCUCUCUGUCACACCCCAUCAGCAUAACUCACGUGACUCUGGACCACCUGCCACGCUACAACUCCCCCACCGGCCACAUCAACUCCGCACCAAAGGACUUUGAAGUCUAUGGGCUGAAAAAUGACACAGAAGAAGGAACCCUGCUCGGGACAUUCACUUACGAUGAAAACAGAGAGUCGACUCAGACGUUUAAACUGCCUAACCCCAGUGACGCACUGUAUCGGUGUGUUGAGCUGCGAGUUCUCUCUAACUGGGGUCACGUCGAAUAUACGUGUCUUUACCGAUUCCGUGUUCAUGGAAGGAUCGCCUCCACAUAAGAAUCCCUCUGCAUCACAUGCUUAAAGACAUGAGAGUUUUUUUGAUGGUCCGCUGGAUCAAGGACCAAGUGCUACUGAAAAGGUGUUGAGUACUGAUACUCCUAUGACACAGCUAUGUGUAUAACAGCAGCUUUUUUGUUAGUUUGACACAGUAAUGUUAAAGUUACAGAUGUUAGAAAAGCUUUUUGUGCCGUGCACAUUUGGCUUUGUAGAUAGAAUAUGUCUGAGCAGAGAUCUACCUAGUAAAACAUUUAAAUUGCAUGACGUUCUGGUAACUUUAUGCUUACAAUCAUGAGCAUGCCACUAGAUCACUUUUAAUAUUUUGUUAUUAAUUAUUUGUAUUUAUGAGGACUUUCUUGCUUCAUAGUCCUAGUGGUAUUCUUCUGAGCAAGAUUGAAUGAAUAAAUAAAUAAAUAUUGUCACAUAAAUAAGAUUUUAAAAAUAAAAGAGCUUGUAGCUUGUGACAAACAGGUUCCAUCCAUGUUGGACGCUAAACACAUUUCAACAUUUCUUGUUUUUAUAUAAGGUCCAGUGUGUUAAAACCCUGUGAUCUGAACUUUUUGAAACAGAUUGUUACUUGUCGUGACUCUUGUGAUAAAACACGCUUUGACUAAUUACCAAGAAAAAGGCAGCAGUGAGUUUUAAUCAGUUUUCUUUUUUAUUAAGAUAAAUUUGGUUCAUUUUUCAAAAAAGAAAUAAAGGUAAAAUAUGCAUCUUUGUAUUAUAUGUUGCACUCAUCCAGGAGACUAGUGUGCUGAUUUUUUUCUUCUUUACUUGAAAUACUUGAAAAUCUUUAUUGCUAACCUGCUUUGAAAAACGCCACGCUGAACACAUUAAAAAUCUCUUUCUGCUCCCUCAAACAGAGGAUUUUAUGUGAACUUAUUAACCUGAAAGGAGAGGUGUUUUUAUCUGCUAGAGAAUGAUAUGUAAUAUAUAAAUUCAUAAUGUAUCUGCUUUAGAGGAUUGGACAAAAAUGUAUUCUUAAAUUCUUAAAAUUCUCAUAAAAGCAUCAAAUGUUUCAUUUCAACAUAUUAUUCAGCAGAACUGCCAGUAUCUUUUGUUUGUUUACAUGUUGUACAGCACAUUCAGACAUUAUUUAGAAGAAUAUGUAUUGCUUUAUUCUGAGAGGGACUAGAUAUGAUGGACGAUAAUUUGUUCCCACUAAUCUGUUCAAAUUUGGACAAAAAUAACAAACUCAGGAUUUAGUUUUUGGUUUCUUUUUCUUCUCUGAGAUCUUAGCAGAGGUUUAAGAUUCAUGCAAAGUUUAUGGUAUGUUUUUAAUUUUUAUAGACGACUCAAUCAUUACCACCCAUUUUUUUUUUAAAAUCACUACACAAAUAAAUGAAAGUUUGGAAUAAUUGUUUUAAUAGCCUCUAUGUUGGUGGGUAAAGUCUAACAGUAUUUUUACAUUUGUAAACAGGUCUUCGUGUGUUUCAUCCACACAUUAAAGUGGGAAUAAAUGAAAUAAAGGUACACUUUGCCUGAACUCUACUAAACAAUGUAUGUCUGACAUUUUUAGAUCCCUGACUUGUUUUUAACAGAGUUCCUUUUCCUGCUUUUCUGUUGGUUCACUCCGUUAUUACAGCUCGACUUAUCUAAUUCUUCCGAAGCUUUUGCAUUAUUUAAUCUGUGUGAGAGACAUGAAAAACUGCAUCAUCUUUUGCUCUUUUUUCUCAAUCGAAAAAGCUGCAAAAUUACCCAUCUGUUUAAAUUUUGAAAUGCAGGUAUGAAUUUGUUCAACUUGAGAAUUUGAUAAAUAUAUGGUUUAAUAAAAGAACAUAACAUGUU